AUUCUGAAGGAUUCUGAGCGGAAAUUCCGCUGCUGUUGCGAAUGUAGACGGAAGUUGUUUGAACUUUUAGCUGCAGCGGUGAAGCAAACCCUUCAUCGAAAAGGAGACAGUUGACCCGAUUCGUUGCUGGCUGAUUAGGGAAGACAGUGAUACCAUGUGGGAGUCACAUGAACGGCGAGGAUGAUUUGUAAACAAGAGGGCAGCUUGACAAGCGCGUCUGCCACAUGAAGGAGGGGGGUCUCCUGCCUGAACAAAUAUUUCACUCAAGCAGCCCCCAGCGUUCGUUCCCCUGAACAUCAACGAUGAACAGCACUACUACUCAGUCCCCUCACGAUAUAGACAGGAGCAGGACAAUCAGCUAUGUGCUGGUGCCAAUCCUCCUCAUAACCAUCACUGGAAUCGCUGCAGCUGUGGUCAUGUACAUUCGUAAGAGGAGGAGAAUUGACAGACUACGUCACCAGCUGUUACCAGUUUACACAUACGAUCCCUCAGAAGAGCUGAAUGAAGCGGAACAGGAGAUUUUAUGGAGAGAGGAGGACACAAGGAUUGUACAAGGCUGGGCAAGAAGUUAUCAGCAGCGACAGCCUCUUCUAACCAAAGACGUCAAAGCAUGACAACAGUAAACCCUGAUACUGUGGAGUAAGGAGACAACCUUCAGUCAGUCUGAUUUAUCACUUUGUUUUUCUUUCUUCCUGUUGGAAUUAUCUCUGGGUACAUCACUGACAAUAAGCCUUUGUUUUUUCCUGCUCUUUGUACGGAUUAUCUGUUCAUUUCUGAAGUUUUGAUGCCAACCCUGCGUGCCUACGAGAUGGAAGUAUUUUUCUUAUUUAUUCGUAGUUAUUUAUUCAGACAGAACGUUCACUGCUGGUACUUGAAGACAUCAAAGCCCUGAAGAUGCAGGCUGCAUGUUUACGUUGUUAUUGUGAGCGACGUGCGGCGAGCAGCUCUGUUCCUGUCGGUUGCAGUAGGCAUUUGUACUGAUAAGUGCAGUGUGGUAGAACUACAAGUCUUGUGCACUAGUUAAGAGUUUGCUCUCCUGCCUAGCUUGUGCUGUGGUUUGUUUGCAGUGCAUUAGCUGCUUCUUUGAUGAUUUAGCAUUCAGUCACAAAGCCUCGUUUUCAUCAGGUGAUGAUUAGAUGCAAAUCUCAGAUUUAGUUCAAUUAAUUUCACUUUCAUUUGGAGUCAAAAGGCUUCAGGUUCUGAAAGCAGCUGCCUUGGAAUGCACAUCUCAUUUUAGUGGGUCUGCCGAAGGCCUGUGACUAACAAUGGCACGAAAUCCAAGGAUGAGAAGUAAAUAACACCAGCUUCUUCCCAGCCCUUAAAUGAGUGGUGACUUAAACCCCAAGUAUGUUGUGUUCUUAGCAUGGCAACCUGAAAAGUGGCUCCAGGCGCCACAGUUCUGAUGAAUGCCAUGUGUCUGACUGCAUCAAGCAUUCGGAGCGUUGCUUUGUUCAGCUUAUGAAUGAUUAACUAUUACCUUUCAUUUGGUGAAUGUAAACUGGUCAACCUAAACAGUUUGUUUAGAGCCGUUCAACCCAGAACCAACUUUCAGCUUUCCAGGGAUUUUAUCUGAUUCAAAAGGUUUGAAGGUUUUAAGCACUGAAAGCUCAUUUUUCAGAUUUUAUCAAACUACUGAUGUAUUAUUCAUUCCAACUUUCUCAUGUCAUGCUGUAAAUAAAACUUUUUCCCAUUAUUUCAGUUA